AUGAUUGGCAACAUUGAUGUUGGGCGUUGGGUUUCAAUUAUUAGACGAGUUCCGGAAGGAAGACGAGUAUUAGACUAUUUGAGUAGCAUUCGUCUAAGUGAUAGGGCUGAUGUUCACUCUUGGGUUGCCGAGGAAGAUGGUAAAUUAAAGUCGAGAAUAGUUUGGAAUGUUAUUAGAGAAAAAGAUCAAAUUGUCGAUUGGGCUGCUCUCGUUUGGUCUUUAAAAGUCAUUCCGAGGCAUCGUUUCAUCCUAUGGUUGGCUUUACGGGGUAUGCUUAAUACCCGGGAUCGGAUUCUUGCAUACAUGGACAUUCCGGAUGCUAAUUGUUUGCUUUGUGAUGGGAAUACGGAGUCUAUUUGCCACUUGUUUGGGAGCUGCCCGUUUGUUAAGUCCCUUUGGAGUAAGUUCACAUUGGCUUUGGGCUUUGUUCAUUUAUCGGGUUCAUGGGAUGAGAUCAUUGUUGCUGCACGCAUCAAGGCUAAAGGUAAUAGAUUUCCAGCCAAUGUCUUCAAAUGUGGUUUUGCUGCCAUUGUUUAUCAUGUAUGGGCCGAGAGAAACGCUAGAAUUUUUGGGAGAGUUCGUCGUGACGUUGUGCAUGUAUGGAGGGAUAUCGUGUUUGAUUGUGGUGCGCUAAUCGGUACGAGGAGACGGGUUCCCAAAGAUGGUCCGAUAAAGAUCGAGAAGACGAUGUACGAGUGGACCAAUGAAGAUAAGAGGAAGAACAACCUCGACAACAUGGCUAAAGACAUCCUCUACUAG